AUGUGCGAGGCGGCUUGUUGGCUGCGUAGGAUGAACCCCGAGCGACUUCCCUUUUGGGAGCAAGCUCCCCCGCGCGAGUGCCGAUUAACCGGCCCAGACCGAAUCCCCUGCAGUAGUGCUGUGUAUGGUACUUCGUAUACAAGGCUCUGUUGGCAGCGGUUAUGCCCUCGGUUGGUCAUCUCGCCUCAAUUCGGCCACGCUCAUAUCACAGUACCGCCUCGCCAUGCGAGCUACUGUACUGUACACCUUCUAAGUUGGCCUUGUACUGUCAGGCAGGAUGCAUCCCCGGAUGGCAUCUCAGCUAACAUCAUCAUCGGGAGUUUUGAAGCCAAGACAGGAUAG